ACAGGAACAAGAAAAUCGCCUUUGAAUACUCUAUUACUCUUCUCGAUGCCGUAUUAGAUUAUCAACAAAACCAUAAACAUAUCUUUAAAAACUUGAGUGACUUCUACAAGAGCCUGCUGAUUAAAAGGUGUGGUAAAACGCCGAAAGGUUUGAGAGUAUACACACCACGGUAACAUCGAGGCUUGCACAGGCAACCCUUGACCGCUUCUGUAACUUAUGCUACGCUAGGUUCUCAUCACCAUGCCUACCACAUGCCUACCACGGAUGCAUCUCAGAAACUAAAACAACAGCGGUUAAAUAUGACGCAAUAAUUUGAUAAGUUCCGAGGCAGAAAGAGAUUUGGUAGGUAAUGUGUUCCCUCCCUCCUCCCGCAUGCAAAUCAAGCAGUGAGCGAGAGGCAACCCUGAGGAAUGUAUUAAGAAGGCGGCGAGCCGGCGACAUGAAGAUCUCAGUUGUGCUCGUGACGCUGUCAGGGUGCGACCGCGAUAUCAGUGAAAGAGAGAGAGGAAGUGGCUGUCUGCGCUGUUCAGCAUUAUGCCUCGCUCAAAAGCUUCAAAAGCUCUCUCCAGGAGGAAUGGUUGUGUGCAGGGGAUCAUAGCGGCGGUUAUGGUCGCUGCCGCCGCCGCCACUGUCAACUACGCCAUAUCAGGGACUGAAUACCGCCACGUGUCUCCCAAGAGCGCUAUCACCAGAUACCUCAUCAGCUCUUUUAAGCUGGCCAAAGGAGGCCCUCUGGGACCCCACCUCAUCCUGCAGUGCACCAAAAAUUGCCUGGCAAGUGACUCCUGCACUUCAUUUGUGGUGCAUCCCAGCCAAGGCCUCUGUUAUCUGAGUAAACUGGACCGCUGCCAGCACAAAGAUGUGUUCCUGCACGCCGCUGAAGAUCACUUUUACUUCGAGAAGUUUGAUGGUUCUACUCCCUAUCCGCCCACCUGCUACGCUUCCUGUCUGAUGGCCAACUACACCUGCGACGAGUGUGGGCGACCUAACUAACUGCUGGGGUGAUCGGUGUGAGCAGUGCGCCGCCACCUGCUGGACGAGAAGGAACAAGAUGGAGAACUCCACUUAUCUCUUCAAGGAUUACCAAAAAUGGACUCACAAGGUGUUCUGUAACGGCAACUGGCAGCUGUGGUGGGGUGAUGGUAUAGAGACAGCGAAGCGCACCCCGCGAGAAGAGCUGGUGCUGCAUCUCAUCCUCGUCUAUGAGAAUAAGCGAGAACUCAGCUCGUAUUUCAACUCAGUGGCCUUUGAAGAAUCCGGUGAACUUAGUGUGGGCAACCUGAUUGUAGACGAAGGGGCCGGGAACUGGUGGCAGGCGCCUUUCUCCAAUCGGUCACUGCGUCAUUUCCCCGACAGCAACUGUCGUCCUUUCUACACACCCAACGAAACGUGCGUCUCCCACACGACAAAGUCAAUGGAAGAGCAGCGAGAACUCUACAACGGUACGGUAUUGUAUCGAGGCUUUGCUUGGCUCACCGGUAACCAGAGUUAUGACAGUGUCCCAAUCCUGCACAUCAAUAUGUGGGUGAAGUGUGCUCAGUGUGAGGACGAGAACUCCUAAGGCGAGGACUUAAGCAGCACAACGAGUCAGCGACUAACCCUGCAAACUAUUGGUCCUUAUGUGUGAACAAAUGAGAACACAGUGCACGGCCUAGCAGAUUGACAAUAACCUGAGGCAGUGAGCUGCACCGUGAGGGUUGUGAGGCUUGCAAUGUAUUUCCCUUAUCGUUACUUUCAUGGAGCACAGCUAAGCACGUCUAAGAAAAGCUAAGUAAAGUCACCGCUGGAAUGUUAUCGUUUUCUUCCCCAGUUGGUUGACUCAUCCAAGACAGUGUAAUAUUUGAGAGGUGAGAUAAUGUUAGGAAAGUCGAAGUAAUUUGCCUCAUGAGGACUGGCGCGAUUAUUGCGCUCUCAGUUCUCUCCUUGUAAAAAUCUGUUUCACCAAAUAUGGGAUCAAUGCUCACCAAGCUUCAUUAAACUGUAUUCCAUAAGAACAGCUAAGCAACUUCUUGGUACAGCACGCUCAACUAUCCACCUAUCCAUCCACACACAAACACACACACACACACACACACACACACACACACACACACACACCGCGUAGUGUAGUGGUUAGCACGCUCGACUCACAACCAAGAGGGCCGGGUUCGAGUCCCGGUAAGUGGCGAGGCAAAUGGGCAAGCCUCUUAAUGUGUAGCGCCUGUUCACCUAGCAGUAAAUAGGUACGGGAUGUAGCUCGAGGAGUUGUGGUCUCGCCUUCUCGGUGUGUGGAGUGUGUUGAUGUGGUCUCAGUCCUACCCGAAGAUCGGUCUAUGAGCUCUGAGCUCGCUCCGUAAUGGGG